AUGUCGGGAAAUAUUCUCUCAGCAUGGUCACACUGCCAAUUUUGCAUCGUCGGUAACACUAACCAACCCCAAUCGACAUUGAUAAGACACUCGAAAUGUAAACAAUAUUUAUCUCUCAAAAAUCAAUUAACAUUAUUUCCGUACAAGACUAAAAUUAAUCAUAAACAUUUAGUGUUAGUAAUAUACUUUAUACAUCAAAAUAAUUAUUUUCCCAUCAACAAGCACCAACAGUUCAUAUUUUUAUCACAAGCCAUGAAGAAAAAUAAUGCACAGCAGCCAGCUCUGCAUAAAGUUAUAAUGGUGGGUAGCGGUGGUGUUGGUAAAUCUGCUCUAACCCUUCAGUUUAUGUAUGAUGAGUUUGUCGAAGAUUAUGAACCGACUAAAGCUGAUUCGUACCGUAAAAAAGUAGUCUUGGAUGGUGAAGAAGUCCAAAUUGAUAUAUUGGACACAGCCGGCCAAGAAGAUUAUGCUGCCAUUCGUGACAAUUAUUUUCGAAGUGGUGAAGGAUUUUUGUGUGUGUUUUCCAUAACAGAAGAUGAUAGUUUCCAAUCAACAAUGGAAUUUAGAGAACAAAUUCUACGAGUGAAAAAUGAUGAAAAUAUACCCUUUUUAUUAGUGGGUAAUAAAGGAGACUUGACAGAUAAACGAAAAGUGUCAUUGAAUGAAGCUCAGUCUAGAGCUCAAGAAUGGGGAGUGCCAUAUGUUGAAACAUCAGCUAAGACAAGAGAUAAUGUUGAUAAGGUAUUUUUUGACUUGAUGCGUGAGAUCCGUGCUCGUAAGAAAGAAGAUGUAAAAGGAGCAAAUGGCAAGGGUAAAGACAAAGGUAGACGAAAGAAGUUGAAAUGUAGUAUAGUGUGAAAAGUUUGAACCCUCAACAUCUCUGGAAAUCUAAUUCAUUAUUAUUUAUUAUAAUUUUUAAUAAUAUGCAAUCAAUUAUUUUGAUUUUGAUUAUAAUGUCUUUCUCCUAAAUAUAUAUCAAGGAUUUUAAUUUUA